AGUUCGCCUGUAGAAAAUUUAACGCGACGACAGGCUGUGACGGACCGGCGAGAGAGUUCCGGAGCAGAGUUUAAGGCUUGCAAUGUACAAAUAUAAAAUGGACGCUUUGUUACCUGAGAUGAACCUCUACGGUAAUUACUCAUAUCUGGAUUCGGGAUUUAACGAUCCCUCUUUCAUCGAAUCCCUUUCGCUUUCUCACACUUCGUCAAUCGUCAACGAUGAUUUGCUACGGGAGAGGAUUUCUUCAUCGACUGACAAAGCUAACAAAAGUCGAAAGAGUCCACCAAAGCACCGGCACGACGGGACCUCGCCGCUUCCUUUAGGGAUGGAUUGGAGUCCUUCCCCUUGCGUAUGGGAUGGACAUGAUACCAUUUGGCCACAUGAUUCUCAUACAGGAUGGAGUUACUGUGCCACUAUUCCUUCUUGGACUAUCUCUUUACGCCCCAGAGGUUCAGCUACUGUAGUGUUUUAUAGGGUUCAAAUUGGUUUACAAUCACCUGAUGGGUUCACAACCACGCGAGAGAUACUACGAAGAUUUAGUGAUUUCUUAAAGCUAUCUUCAAAGCUGAAGAAAGAAUUUCCAAAGAAGAAGUUGCCCCCUGCUCCUUCAAAGGAGCUUCUGAGAAUGCAAAGCCAUGAGCUUUUGGAAGAACGUAGGUGUUUACUGGAGGAUUGGAUGAUGAAAGUAUUGUCUGACAUCGAGUUAUCAAGAAGUGCCUCCAUAGGGAUCUUUCUCGAACUUGAAGCAGCUGCAAGGUCGUCAUUCUAUGAAUUGAAUCAGAACGUUGCAGAUGUGAAUCCAUCCAUCAGUGUAGCUCCAUCGAUUCAAUUCUUAAAUAGUUCAGAUGUUUCUUUACUUGCUGGUUCAUCAUCAUUUGCUUCUGAUUGCGGCAAUGAUUCUGCUUAUGGGACCCCUGAACUGGGAUCUCCAAUGGAGGGCAUGAGCCAGUUUCAUGAACGUGACAAUGCAGCAAUUUACCAGGGCUUCACCCAUUCAGGGGAAGUAAUUUCUGAGGAUGCCUGCUUAAAACAUCGUGACAACAAACCAAUGAAGGAUUCUGAACAAGGGAACCAGGAAAGUCAUUUGAAAAUGCCCUCCACAGGAAGUGAGACUGAUGUUUCCACCAAGAGAGUCAUAGAUAGUGCUCAUGUCAAACGGAGUCUCGAAACUGAUAUUUCUACAGAAAAAAUCUCAGACAUUUCAAAUUUCUUGAAGCUUGAACCAUUGAGGAACACCUCACGUGACCAUGCUGAAGGUGCUGAUUUUUCAGGACUUAAUACACCAGGAAGCUCCAACCUACAGUCCCCGGACCAUUUACAAGUUGUUAUUCAAUCGGAUGAACAAAAUAAAUUGAAUAGAAUUCUCAGUACUAUGCAACUGAGGCUGGCCACAGCAAAAACUGACAUUGAAGAUCUCCUGUCGAGAUUAAAUCAAGAGCUUGCUGUGAGACAGUAUCUUGCCACAAAGGUCAAAGAUUUGGAAAUUGAGCUUGAUUCUCUAAAACAGAGUGGCAAAGAGAACCUGCAGCAAGCAGUUCUAACUGAGAAGGAAAAAUUUACUCAAAUGCAAUGGGAUAUGGAGGAACUUAGAAGAAAGUGUGUGGAGAUGGAAUUGAAGCUGGCGGCUGAACAGGCUGACAAGAUGCGGAUGGAAUCAACGCAAAGAAUCUUAGUACAAGAGAAUGAAAGACUGUACCAAGAGUUGGAUGCUGCUCAACAGCAGAACAAUAGCUUGCAGAAACUCCAUUUGGAGUUGGAGUCGAAGUCCAACACAGAUGUCAAACUUUUAGUCAAGGAGGUUAAAUCUCUACGAAGUUCCCACACAGAACUCAAGCAAGAGCUCAGCAAAUUGGCAAAAGAGAAGGCAGAAGUUGAAAUGAUUUUACGGGAGGAAAGGCAAACUAGGGAACAUGCUACUGCUGCAAAUAUUAAGUUGCUGCAUGAGUAUGAAAUUCUUCGCAGUAGACUUGAGGAAUGCAGUGUCAGUUUUCUCAUCGAGGAAGAAAAUAAACUGGUCCUGGAUGCUUCUAUCCCUUCUGAUGCCAUUGAUAUACUGUCAACAUCUGAUGAUCGAAUAGGUCUACUUCUUGCAGAGGCCCAGCUGCUAGCACCAGAUGUUGAAACUACCAUUGCAGGGAGAAAUCUUGAUGGAGAAUAUUCCAGGACAGCAGUGGAUGAAUUGAGGAAACAACUAGCUGAUGUUUGUGUUGACAAUGCCAAAUUGAGGAAACAGAUGAAUUCUGUCAUUCGUUAUGCACUACAAACAGCUGAUAGAUCAAAGGACAAUGAGGAAGAGAGCCCUUCAACAAAGACAGCUCUUACGAAGUCUUUAGAUGGAUGAUUUUUAAAACGCAAAACACGUAUCUAUAAUAAAACGUGGAGAAGCUUGUAUAAUAUUUCCUCCUUUCUCUUAUACUCGCAAAACACGUAUCUAUAAUAAAACAUGGAGAAGCUUGUAUAAUA